ACUCCAGACACACUCUCAAAUCAGCACAAAUAUCCACCUCGAGCCAAUACCUGAGGGAAAACUACAUUUCGGACAGAAAUGUCCAGUCCACUAGAGCGGGUUGUUGCGCAGAAGAAGGAGGCGAUUGAAGAAGUAAUGGAGAUGUUUGAGAGAGGAGCCGAGGUGUUGGCCAGCGCUGUUGGAGGACUGAGUCCACUUUUUGAAGCCUCCGCACCAGUUUUGAGGCUGUUCUUGGACAACGUAGAAAGCAAGGAGGUCACAUAUGUCAAAGAUCAGUUUCUAGUCGUGAGAAGCAAACUAGACGUCCUCUCAUCUCAAAUAGAGGACAUCAACUGCGAAAUCAAAAAGGGACGCCUGGAUUCCCAGUUCUUCACUGUGGAGGAAAACAUAUGCAACCAGUUUAGAAAAUACAUUGACAUUCUGGAGGCCAAACCGGAGUAUAAGGAGGUCAGAAAACGCUUGUUCUUACAGCACUUCCCCAAAACAGGUGGAGAGAAGAAUCUUUACAUGCUUUAUGAUGCUGUGAUGGGGAACAGCACAUUCGGGGAGCCAAUCCUGGAGGUUGUGGAGCAAUACGAGGCCAGAAACAGAAGAGUUCUGGAAGAUUUUUGUGUGCGGCUGAAGGAGCUGCUCUGUCUGGGAAUAAUCGCUCUGCUGGGAUAUUGUUUCCUCACUCAGGGAGAAGAAGCGGAGCAGGAGAAGAUCCAAGAGUGGAGCACCAAAAUCGAGGAGAUCGAGACCAAAAUGAAGGAAACCAUUGAGAAAUGUGUGCAAUCAUUCCCGGAGCAAGCUGAACUAGACAUCAAGAGGCUCCUGAAGGAAAAGGAGGAAGCAAACCUUCAGGAAACAGCCAGAGAACUGCUGGACUUCCUGACGAAGAAGUUCGACUGGGUUUGCUGGUCCAUCAGAGUCAUCAGCAACAUGGGCAAAAUUAGCAACUUGAGAGCCGGACAAAACUUUCAGUGCGUGUCCGGACAGAAAUAUUUGGAAGUUUCUCAAGGAAACGAAACACACCUGGUGGUCUCGUACUGCAGUGACCCUCAGCCGGUGCCCAAUGAGAGCAUCAAACAGAUGAUGGAGGGUCCUGCCAGAAAAGGAGACGCUAAAGCUGUGGUGGAGAUGCUGGAGAAGCAGUUAGCAGGGUUUCUGAUUCAUGCCGUCAGUCGACACAAGGAGAGCUUCACUCUGUCCAGCUUUCCAGAACAAUGUCACUACUGGGAGAAACAUAAGAACGUCAAUGUGUGCGUGCAUUCAGAGUAG